AUGGACACCGCACAUUCCGUGCAUUUCAGCGCCACUGUACUGGAGUGGCGGUCAUCGGUGCUUCCCCCUGAGGCUCUGUGGUUCACGACGGCGGAGGGGUGCUGGUGCUUUGAUAGGCACCUUGAGCUCGCCUACACGCCGGGAUCUUCACGCAACCGAGGAAGCCUUACCGUCCGGCAGCAACAGCAGAAGCCGGGUGGUUCAUACUUGCCCCCACGCGACCUCAAUGAAAUGUCUACCAAGGUGGUGUUUCUCUUGGACGACCUAAAAGGUGUGAGGCGGCACGUGUUCACGACUCCUGUUGAGGUCGUCUACAAUGACGGUAUCUCAGGACAAGGGGGUCGUGGUGGGAGAGUGAGCACACCACACGUGUCGCGUUACUGGCUCUCCGGAGCUGUGGGCCUCGUGCUCUUUUGGCGCUACGACGUCAAGCUGUUCUUUGUUUUUCAUACCGAAAGUGAGGUAGAUGAAUGGGAACAGGUUCUGCAGGCAAUUGUGUCUGGGGCAGCAGAUGUUAAGGUCGACACGUCACCAGCAACAACCGAGUGGACCGAUUCAUCGCUGAGGCCGCCAAAUCGAGGAGUACUUCUGAUUCGAAAGAUCACUGGUCGGUUCCAGAAGUACUACGCGCUCCCAAGCACGUACAAGAGGGGAACGACGUACCAGCAGAACUACUACGUGAGGCAUGUGAUUUACUUUUCCCGGUUUCGUAGCAGGUGGUUGCUGCGGGUUCAAAAGGCCCUCGGACUAGGUAUACCGCGCCGUGUCGAUCUUCGCUACACUACAGUGAGGGAAGAGAGUCUCAACGAUACAGUGCUUUUCUUGGAUGUGGAACCGCAUAUCCCGAACCAGCGAUACCGCAUUGGAUCAGCUGCAUCGGCAUCAGACACUGGUCGAAUAGCGCAGACUAUAAAUGUGCGACGUUACGAGUGCCUCACGUCUACAGUGGAGGAGAAGCGGCAGUGGCAGCGUUGGUUUAUGACGUAUGGGGCGGACGUGGUCUAUGCAUCCGAUGUGAGCAGAGUUAUUAGUGGUGUGGGAGAAGACUGUCUCGAGGCCCCCAACAGGGCGCAACGGCCACGGCAAAAGCAACACAAUUCAUCAUGUUUUUCCCGUAUUCCCACAACAACCAACAGCUGUGCAUCUUUCUCUGAAAUAGUGUCACAGCGAGGCUCUAGUUCUACUACACGUGAUGGGCAGAAAGCUUUGAUAGGUCCGGGUAGUGUUCGUUGGUGCAAUCUUUCGGGUGGGACGGGGCAUGCAUCCAGUGCUCCGACUUUUUGCGGUGCCCCUUCCACGAAUGCGCCGUUGCGCGGUGAGGGAAUCCCAAUUGUUUCACUACCCGAAGAUGUUGACUGCGCCUUCUCCGAGGCCUCUGCUGCCAGGGGGGAGCGGGGCCGGGGCGUGCCGUCGUUUUCGUCGUCGUUGUCAUCCAAUGUCAGUUGCAAUGAGCACUUUCUGGAUUCCACGCGGUCUACGGCGGUGCACUUCGAAGGUACUGAGGAAAGAAAGACGUCGAUGCUUGAUACCGACAAUGCGCAGAAGCUGAAGCAGCAGCAGCAGCGUGGGUGGAAGGAAAAAGAGAAUGAUAGAGUGGAAAUCAACUCUGUAGAGCUGAGUGGUGAGAAGCCACCACUUCCGCACAAGUCGGAGGAAGACGUAUAUGGUUGUUACGAUGUUCUGCGGGGAGGCUUCGCGCGUCUUGAACGCGCUCCACCGCCCGCAACCGACCCGGCAGAACCGCCGGAAAGGGGGCUCUUAGGCGAUGAGGACGGCUUUUUAGCGCGCCAGGACAAAUUGCACCGUAUGAUUCUCGACGAUCCUGUUGUGUCGUCGGAGGGUCAUGAUGGGGCUUUCCGUGCGCACACAGCGCAGAGUUUGCGCGAUAUUUUGUUUGUGUAUGGAGUAGACUAUCACAGCAACAAAGCCCAAGAAGCAAAGAGGCACGUGGAGCGACAGCUGUUUAUAGCAUCAAUAGAAUCGGUUCAAGACAACUAG